AUGCUGCGCAACCAGUUCAUCACGGCAGCCGUCAUCUGCCUGGCGAAUGUGGUGACAUUGAUCUGCUUUUUGGUGUUCUUCCCCCCAGAUGAACGGGGCAUCGGGACCAUCCAUAUGGGUGACUGCGCGGAGAUGACGAGCAUCAAUAGCGCCGCCCACGUGGUUCUCAACGUGCUGUCGUCGCUUUUUCUCGGGGCGGGGAGCUACUGUAUGCAGAUUCUGGUUGCCCCGUCUCGGCGGGAGAUGGAUGUGGCACAUGCAUGUGGAGUGUCGCUUGACAUUGGAGUCCAAAGUGUUCGCAAUCUGCGCUGGAUCAAGUCACGAAAACUAUUCCAGUGGAUGGGGCUUGGGGCGUUGUCGAUCUGUUUGCAUUUAUUCUGGAACUCGCUCACCUUCACAUCAACCCCAGUCGUGAGCUAUGCUACAGCCACAGUGACGAGUGACUUCAGGGAGGUAGGCCGGGAUUGGGCAUUAGAUCCCAUCCCACCCACUCUAUCCGGCAAGAACUGGUCUGCGGUGCAUGAACUCUACGCCCAGAUGGCCAACUUCACCCGUCUCGACAAGCAAGAUUGCAUUGAUGCAUACAUCGAUGGCCUGACGACCAAAGGGCCGCUGGUAAUUGUUGCAGCUAACAUCUCCGCGGCGCAGAACUACAACCACACUCUACUCGACGGCUGGGUCACCGGUUGGGAUGUCUGGAGCCAUGCCCCCUGGUGGAUCUGCGGGGCGUACAACCUCCCUGAUUACAACCGCCUGUGCACGCGCGAGUGGGCCAGUACCUUUAUAUAUGACUGGGCGGUUGUCGCAUGGGCUCAUCAGGAGGAAGGCCGGCCGGGAUGGCCAUUCUGGGCCAAGGUCGAUUAUUGCCUUGUCGGUGAGGAGAGCGAUAUUACCCAGCGGUGCGGACUGCACUAUGGAACGCAGAUCUUUGCGGCUGUCAGUGCGUGCACACUACUUCAAUGCGGUUUCAUUUUGAGGGUGUGGUGGUCCUACCGCACGAAGUCCGCUCGGCGCCACACAGAGAGGACUAUGGUUCUGAUGGGCGAUGCGGUUGCAGAAUAUCUGGAGUAUCCCGGGGAUGUGUCAAACUCGCAAGUGCUCCAUGUACAUCCCCAAGUCUGGCGCCCGCAGAAAAGUGUAUCGUGGUUCAAGACCGUUCAUCGCAAGGUCUGGGCGAUUUCGCUGACCUUAUUCAUGCUAGGUAUAGCCGCCCCAUUAGCUAUACUGGUCGACUCGGUGGUCUUCUGGAAAGGCCGGGGUCUGGAUAUGAGCUUCCCAUCCAUCGUCCAAUUGGGCUUCGGCCUCAACCCGGGCUUUCUCGGCAUGAACAGCGAAACCAGCAACUACAGCCUGAUGGAGUGCGUUUUCCUGGCUAACAUCAUCCAACUCCUCGUCAGCUUCCUCUAUCUCUUCUACAACAAUAUCUUAACGCAUCAGCUCGUCGCCGACCAGUGGGUGCGCUUCCUUCGGCCGGACGGGAAGAAGGCGCUGCGCGUGUCAACCCCGCGGGGCAUGCAGCGCUCGUCCUAUCUCCUUUCCCUGCCGCUGACCUACUCACUCACCCUGACUAUCGCCAUGAUCCUCCUACACUGGCUGGUGUCGCAGAGUCUCUUCGUGGUGCAGACCAUCGGCUUCGACACCAACGGCGAGAAGGUCACCUUCCCGCACUUCUCCGGCUCGGCUGUAGGAUACGCCCUUCUGCCCAUUCUCCUGGCGACCCUCUGUGGAGUUGUGAUGGUAGCAGGUCUGUUGGUGCAUUCCCUGGUGCGACGCCAUCCCGAUGUACCACCGGAGUUCCCUGCCUGGGGCGCGAGCAGUGCUCACAUCGAAGCGCUGUGCUCUGGACGACCCGUGGACGACGCGGAUGCCCAUAUCUUCCCUGUCAGCAUCGGAGUCGUCGUGUCCGGUCUACAAGAUCAACCUUGCCUAACUUUUUCGACAGAUACCGGGCUGCGCCCGCCCGAGCAAAACGAAAUGUUCAUGCUCCCUGCGCGGAUGGCAGAAUCAAAGGGUUCAAGGGGAAGAGAAUCGCGCUCGCGCCGGAUGUGGGGUUCUUUGAAGAAUCUCCCGCGGAGCUUGGGGUUUUAGGGUUGGCAAAGAUGGGCC